ACUUCCCACGAGUCCCCCCUAAACCCUCGCCCAUUUUCUCUGGAUCCGCCCCGAGAGAAAACGUAUUUACCUUUUUCCGUCAACAAGCAACACAUGAAGGUCCUCUGGCUGCUCGGCCUCACUCGCACCAGCUGAUCUCUGUUUGAUUUAUUUGUGUAAAGACCCAAGUUCAAGAUGGUGUUAGCCGACUUGGGCCGCAAGAUCACUUCGGCCCUCAAGUCCCUCAACAAUGCCACAAUCAUCAACGAGGACGUCCUCAAUGACCUCCUCAAGGAGAUUUGCUUGGCUCUGCUUGAGUCUGACGUCAACAUCAGGCUCGUCAAACAGCUGCGAGAAAAUGUCAAGGCGACCAUCGAUUUUGAUGAGAUGGCCGGGGGGCUAAACAAGCGUCGCAUGAUCCAGACCACAGUGUUCAAGGAGCUCGUGAAGCUUGUAGACCCAGGAGUUAAACCAUAUGUGCCAAGCAAAGGAAGAUCGAAUGUGAUUAUGUUUGUCGGUCUGCAGGGUUCAGGUAAAACCACAACAUGUACAAAGCUUGCAUACUACUACAUGAAGAAGGGUUGGAAAACGUGUCUUGUCUGCGCUGAUACCUUCCGAGCUGGUGCCUUCGAUCAGGUUAAGCAGAAUUGUACCAAGGCUCGAAUUCCUUUCUAUGGCAGUUACACUGAAGUUGAUCCUGUAGUCAUUGCUAUGGAUGGUGUGGAACAGUUUAAGAAUGAAAAUUUUGAAAUCAUCAUCAUUGAUACUUCCGGAAGACAUAAACAAGAAGAUUCACUGUUUGAAGAGAUGUUGCAGAUUUCUAAUGCCUGUAAACCCGACAAUAUUAUCUUCGUCAUGGAUGCCAGUAUAGGUCAAGCUUGCGAGUCUCAAGCCCGUGCCUUCAAGGAUAAGGUCGACGUCGGUUCUGUCAUCAUCACCAAGCUCGACGGUCACGCCAAGGGUGGUGGAGCUCUCUCAGCUGUGGCGGCCACUCAGUCCCCCAUUGUAUUCAUAGGUACUGGUGAACAUAUUGACAACUUUGAAGAAUUCAAAACCAAACCUUUCAUUUCUAAGCUCUUAGGAAUGGGUGACAUAGAAGGACUUAUAGAAAAGGUUAACGAUCUAAAGCUAGAAGAUAAUGAAGCACUGAUAAAGAAACUGCAGCAUGGUCACUUCACACUCCGCGACAUGUACGAACAGUUCCAGAACGUGAGAAAGAUGGGACCAAUGUCACAGAUUAUGGGUAUGUUGCCAGGGUUUAGCACAGACUUCUUGACGAAAGGUGGAGAGCAGGAGAGUAUGGCACGGCUGAAGAGACUUAUGACGAUCAUGGACAGUAUGACUGAUGAAGAAUUGGACAGCUUGGACGGAAACAAGCUGUUCCAGAAACAGGUUGAGCGCAUCAGCAGAGUGGCCCGAGGAGCUGGCGUGAUGGAGAUCGAAGUCAAGGACCUCCUGACCCAGUACGCCAAGUUUGCACAGAUGGUCAAGAAAAUGGGUGGAAUGAAGGGUCUCUUCAAAGGUGGAGAUAUGUCCAAGAACAUCAACCAAGUCCAGAUGAACCAGCUGAACCAGCAGAUGGCCAAGAUGAUGGAUCCGCGCGUCUUGCAGCAAAUGGGAGGCUUCAAGGGUCUAGAGAACAUGAUGAAGCAACUGCAACAGGGUGGAGGGCCAAUGGGAAUGGGCAAAAAUCCUUUUAAGUGAUAGAUUCAUUAACCUUUUUUUUUUUUUUUUUUCUAAGAACUUUGUGGGGUUUACAGAUACGAGGUAUAUUUACACUCGGUUUUGUAGUGUUUAUACCAGUGGGCAGUUCCUUUAACAUGGAUUGUUGAAUAUUAAUUAUGUUAUUAUUUUGUCAGAGUCUCUCUUUAUAUUUUGUAAAUUAUGAUUUUAUAAUUAUUAGUUUUCAUUAUUUCAGUUGUUUAUAUUAUUUGUACUAAUAAAUCAAACACAAUUUAUAAUCUGCAAAUAAAAAUUAUGGGAUGUUUGCA